GUCUCUCCCUUGUAAUAAAAAGAAAAAAAAUAAAUUUGUUCAUUUUAAUAUAUUUGUCUUGGAACAACACAAUGCAAGAACAAGCAACGAGUUCAAUUGCUGCUAAUUCCUUUCCUUCUAGCAGUGAAAGAUCUUCUAGUUCUGCUCUUCAACUUGAACUCAAAGAAGGUAUGGAGAGCGAUGAGGAAAUUAGGAGAGUGCCGGAGUUCGGUGGUGAGCCUAUGGGAACUGCAACCUCUGGUCGUGAGACCGGGUCAGUAGGCGGUGCUGACAGUGUUCAAACUCUAGGGGAAGGUCAGAGUCAGAGAAAGAGAGGAAGGACUCCAGCUGAUAAAGAAAACAAGAGGUUGAAGAGGUUACUGAGGAAUAGAGUUUCAGCUCAGCAAGCAAGGGAAAGAAAAAAGGCAUACUUAAGUGAGUUGGAAACGAGAGUUAAAGACUUGGAAAAGAAGAACUCGGAGCUUGAAGAGAAGCUUUCCACAUUACAAAAUGAGAAUCAGAUGCUUAGACAUAUAUUGAAGAAUACGACAGCGACCAGAAGAGGAGGCAGCAGCAGUACUAAUGGAGAUGGCUCUUUGUAAGAAACAAAACUAGAGGACAGAUCUUGCGAAAGAAUACGAGUUUUGUACAAUACACUCGAAGCUUUGAUCCUGAUGCAUGUGAAUCACCACCGGAAUUAUUCAUGCUUCUUCUUCGAUCGGCUGGCUUUUAAAAUCUGUAUAGCAUUUCGGCAUGUGCUUAUUGUUGUGGCGUUGUGACGGCCCUACAAGAUGUUUGAUGGCAAGGAUGGAAUUUCGGCAUGUGAUGUCACGCGAAGAUACUAGUUAAGCAUAAUUUUGUAUGCAAUUUGUUGAGAAGUUGUUGAGGUGUCUCUUAUGUAUACAGGAAGAUUAGCAAGGAUGCUGUCUGUAAUAAACAAAUGAUAAAAUCUUUGGUAAUUUUCUUGUAUGAGUGUCGGCAUGUGUUUUCUUUUCUGCAGUAGUCUUCUUGGUGAAUAUUUGUACUUGGGGAAAUUUUCAAAGAUUUAACUGUUGUUUCUACUAAUUUAA